UCCAGAUAAAUUCACAUUAAGUCUUGGCUUGAAAGCACACAAGCAGAGGACAAAAAUUAAAAUGAGUUGGUAUUUAUCUACAUAUCUUAUAGUGACUUUAGUAGUGGUGGUGUUUGGUGCUCCAAAGACAUUUGAAGAAAAUGUAAAAGCCCUACGAAAAAUUAAUUUAAACGAUGUACUCAAGAAUGACAGAAUUGUUAGAAGUUACAUUGAUUGCGUCAAAGGUACCAAACCUUGUACUCCAGAGGGCCUGGCAAUGAAAGAAAGCUGGAAAGAAGGACUCGACAAAACUUGCGACAAAUGUGAAGAAGAAGAUAAAAUUAAAGUUAAAAAAGUAGUAAAGUACAUUUACUUAAACCGCCGUGAUUGGUACGAUGAACUUGCCAGUACCUUUGAUAAAGAUAAGAAAUACCAAACCAAAUACCAAGAAUAUAUUGACCAACUUCUUGCUGAUCCCGCUAUUUAAGAAAUCGUCAAGACUAAUACCAUAUUGCAUAAUUGAAUUUUGUUUUUAGAUAUAGUUGUGGAGAAUAAUUUUAGAUGUAUACAAUAAAUACAAAUAAAUUUA